AAGAGAAUAGCGCUAGCACAAGAAAGGACAAGAGAACAGUGCUAGCAGAAAAAAGGACAAGAGAACAGUGCUAACAGAAGAAAGGACAAGAGAAAAUCGCUAGCACAAGAAAGGACAAGAGAACAGCAUGAUGAAGAUGUAGACCAACAUGAAGAUGAAAUGUAAACCAAAAUAUUGAUCAAGAGAUGUAUGGAAUAAAAAGUGAACAUCUUGAGAGGGAAAACAAUUCCUAGAGGCAAAGACACAGACACAUUCGAUACAUUAGAGAUUGUUUCCUUUUCUACCAUCAUUUAGAGCCUUUUUUGUGAGGGAACCUGCGUCUGUAAAGAAACGAACAUUUCCCUAAUGCUACUUCAAAUUCAGAUCUCCUCCCAACCUCAGGCUGAGUACUACAUCUUCAUCAUGCUGGUCUACAUCUUCAUGUUGGUCUACAUCGUCAUCUAGCUGGUCUACAUCUUCAUCUAGCUGGUCUACAUCUUCAUCAUGUUGGUCUACAUCUUUAUGUUGGUCUACAUCUUCAUGUUGGUCAACAUCUUCAUCAUGCUGGUCUACAUGUACAUGUCUACCUUUUCAUCAUGUUGGUAUACAUCUUCAUGUUGGUCUAUAUCUUCAUGUACAUCUUCAUGUUGGUCUACCUUUUCAUCAUGUUGGUCUACAUCUUCAUGUUGGUCUACAUCUUCAUGUUGGUCUACAUCUUCAAGUUGGUCUACAUCUUCAUGUUGGUCUACAUCUUCAUGUUGGUCUACAUCUUCAUCAUGCUGGUCUACAUCUUCAUGUUGGUCUACAUCUUCAUGUUGGUCUACAUCUUCAUGUUGGUCUAUAUCUUCAUGUUGGUCUACAUCUUCAUCAUGCUGGUAUACAUCUUUAUGUUUGUAUAUAUCUUCAUGUUGAUCUACAUCUUCAUGUUGGUCUACAUCUUCAUGCUGGUCUACAUGUACAUGUCUACCUUUUCAUCAUGUUGGUCUAAAUCUUCAUGUUGGUCUACAUCUUCAUGUUGGUCUACAUCUUCAUGUUGGUCUACAUCUUCAUGUUGGUCUACAUCUUCAUGUUGGUCUACAUCUUCAUCAUGCUGGUCUACAUCUUCAUAUUGGUCUACAUCUUCAUCAUGCUGGUCUACAUGUACAUGUCUACCUUUUCAUCAUGUUCGUCUAAAUCUUCAUGUUGGUCUACAUCUUCAUGUUGGUCUACAUCUUCAUGUCGGUCUUUAUCUUCAUCAUGCUGGUCUACAUCUUCAUGUUGGUCUACAUCUUCAUCAUGUUGGUCUACAUCUUCAUGUUGGUCUACAUCUUCAUGUUGGUCUACAUCUUCAUGUUGGUCUACAUCUUCAUGUUGGUCUACAUUUUCAUCAUGCUGGUCUACACCUUCAUGUUAGUCUACAUCUUCAUGUUAGUCUACAUCUUCAUGUUAGUCUACAUCUUCAUCAUGCUGGUCUACAUCUUCAUGUUGAUCUACAUCUUCAUGUUAGUCUACAUCUCCAUGUUGGUCUACAUCUUCAUAAUGGUCUACAUCUUCAUGUUGGUCUACAUCUUCAUCAUGCUGGUCUACAUCUUCAUGUUGGUCUACAUCUUCAUGUUGGUCUACAUCUUCAUCAUGCUGGUCUACAUCUUCAUGUUGAUCUACAUCUUCAUGUUAGUCUACAUCUCCAUGUUGGUCUACAUCUUCAUGUAGGUCUACAUCUUCAUGUUGGUCUACAUCUUCAUGUUGGUCUACAUCUUCAUCAUGCUGGUCUACAUGUACAUGUCUACCUUUUCAUCAUGUUGGUCUACAUCUUCAUGUUGGUCUACAUCUUCAUCAUGCUGGUCUACAUCUUCAUGUUGGUCUACAUCUUCAUCAUGCUGGUCUACAUGUACAUGUCUACCUUUUCAUCAUGUUGGUCUACAUCUUCAUGUUGGUCUACAUCUUCAAGUUGGUCUACAUCUUUAUGUUGGUCUACAUCUUCAUGUUGGUCUACAUCUUCAUGUUGAUCUACAUCUUCAUGUUGGUCUACAUCUUCAUGUUGGUCUACAUCUUCAUCAUGCUGGUCUACAUCUUCAUGUUGGUCUACAUCUUCAUGUUGGUCUACAUCUUCAUGUUGGUCCUUAUCUUCAUGUUGGUCUAUAUCUUCAUGUUGGUCUACAUCUUCAUCAUACUGGUCUACAUCUUUAUGUUUGUAUACAUCUUCAUGUUGGUCUACAUCUUCAUCAUGCUGGUCUACAUGUACAUGUCUACUUUUUUAUCAUGUUGGUCUACAUCUUCAUGUUGGUCUACAUCUUCAUGUU